AGAGAAGUGGGGAGAGUACAGCACCUUGGGGGACACCAGCUUCAGUGAGCACAGCAGAGGAGGAUUGCCUUUGUAUACGGUGUACUGCAUUCUGUUUGAAAAGUAGGAAUGCAGCUUAUUUAGCAAGAGACAUCUAGGUACAGAGUCGAAAGCAGAAGUGAAAUCAAGAAACGUGCAGCGGACAUAUUUGGCACCUUCAUCUAAUGAUGAGACAAUACUGUUGUGUAAGACGGCUGCAGCGUCUAAAGUACUCCUAACCUGUCUGUAGGCAAAUUGUUUGGGGUCUUCGAAGGUUUUAAGGGAGGGUUCAAGUUUAAGAAGUACUAGUUUUUCCAUGAGCUUUAGAAACGGGGAAGUGAUGGCAAUGGGUUUGAACUUUACGUUCUUGCUAUUUCCAGGUUUAGGGACAGGAACUAUUUUAAUGUCUUUCCAUGGAACAGGUACAACGUUUUCGGAGAAAGAAGCAUUUAUGAUAUUAGUUAGAGAACAUAAAGCAUCUGCACAUUGUUUUAGAACAUAUGCAGGUAUGCCAUCAGGGCCAAGACUAUGUGAGGGCCUAAGAGUUUUAAGACAUUUUAAAACAUCAAGAGUGUUAAAGUCCUGGAAGUUAUCAGCUGCAAGAUUAGUAACUUUAGAAGUGGUUAUAACAGAAGGAGAGUGUAUAAAAGACUUAUUAAGAGCAUUAACAUCACAAGAGGAAAAAACAUUACAUCGCUUACUAUUGCCAGUAAUUUCAUUGAAAAAUUUCCACAUGCUGAUAGGAGAUUUGCAUGAUAAAAGUGUUUGGUUAUAGAUAGCAUUCAGAUUUUUGAUUUCAGAUUUGAUUUGAGCAUUAAUCUUUUUAAGUCCUAACUUGUCUUUGCAUUUAUAUAACAUUUCUUUUCGUCUGCGAAGUUGUUUGAGAUGGGGAGACGAGAAGCGGUCGAGGCGUUUGAACAGUGUUUGUUUGGGUCAGCAUAUGUCGAGGUAGAACUUAAGAUAAUCCAUUAUAUUGGUGAUUGAGUCAUCUAGUGUACUUUCAUAGAAUAAGUCCCAGUUAGUAUUUUUUAACAUGCAUCUUAGAUUGAGAAGGUUAUCAGAUGUGUAACAUAGGAAGAUUGCUGCUCAAGGUGUUCA